UCAUAUUUCGUUGGGGAUAAGGCCUAUCUGACAUUCGAAGAUGACGAAAUUGGACGUGUUAAAUUUGUAUCUCAAUGAACGUUUAAAAGUGGCCGCAGAUGAGAUAUUUCAGGUAAUCAAGGACACGAUACUGGAAUAUCAGAACGAAAUCGCCCUAACGAAAGAGGAAAACCGUGACUUGAAGCAGAGGCUGGCAGAUGUUGGUGCCAUCUCUGCCGGUAUACAACGAGUGCUCUCUGCGGAGAGACACCAGCUGAACCCCUCACCUGUCUGUGAGCGCGCGCUCAGUGCAGCACCCGCCCCGGAGGACCCACAAUCCCCGGAGGUCAUCGAGGUCAAACAUGAAGAGGGCCCGCCCGUGGCAGUCACGCCAGCAGCAGAGGAACCCCACGAGACGGACCACGUCACAACGCCGCCCCUCUUUCACGAUGACCAUCAUGAGCAGAGCCUCCCCGACUCCUUCGCAGGUUACACACCACACAUGGGAGACGUCGGAGAGAUGGAAUCCAUCCCCCUUGGCCCGCCUCGGCCAAUCAAAACAGAGGACUGCUCUGAGGAAUGCAGUAUAAUAGAGUUUAACACAGAGCUCCCGCACAGCAGCUCCAUGCUCUCCGACGGCUCAGUGGAGGCCGCUGGGAUGGGAGUCGGCUACAUUUCCGACAGUGCCGGCACAGUAGGGUACCUGCCGCCGAGUUAUGCCCAGGGACCAAGCACCCUGCUGGGCAGAGACUUGUCUGAGCUCCCCCCUCAGACCUCCAGCAUGGAGCCCGACCACCACCAGCCCCACCAGCCCCACCAGCCCCAGCCCCAGCCCCAGCAGCAGCACCAGGGGCCGUUCUACUGCACGCUGUGCGGCAAGUGUGUGGGCAGCGCGCGCGACUUGAGCAUCCACAAGCAGGUGGCGCACGGCAAGGAGAAGCCGUACCGCUGUGGCGUGUGCGGCAAGUGCUUCCGCUACUCGGGCAAGUUCAAGGAGCACCAGCGCAUCCACACGGGCGAGCGGCCGUACCGCUGCCACGUCUGCUUCAAGGGCUUCAACCAGACGGCGCACCUGAAGGUGCACCUGCGCACGCACACCGGCGAGAAGCCCUACAGCUGCCCGCUGUGCGGCAAGCGCUUCAGCCAGUCCAGCCAGAUCAAGGGCCACCUGCGCACACACACGCGACACAACAGCUCGCACACGUGAACGCAGCUGCACUACACACACACACACACACACACACACACAUACACUCACAUGUGAGCUCAGCUCCACACAUCUAUUGACAUCAUUCACAUGUAUUCAUUGUGGGCCUUGAGAUGAAGAACCAUAUGUCCUUAUUUUCACAUUUUGAAUACUAAUUUUUUAUAUAUAUAUAAUUUUUAGGGCUGUCAAAAUAACUGAUUAAUUAGUUUGAGAUAAAAUAAUUGAUUAAAAAAAAUAACGCAGAUUAAUCGAAGACCCGGAGCCAUUCUAGUCAGUAACCAUUAGACUGUAAAAUGGCGGGACGAGAAUGUGCUGCCUGGAUCACUGAUUGGAACAUUUACUUAAAAGAAAGAAAAAAAAAAAUGGCCUGAUGGUGUUAAAAAGAAAGUGUUGAUUAAAAUACAGUCCUCUGCAAUGUCUGUAGCACGGAACUUGCAUGUCACCGGACUUCGUCAACUCUAUAGUACCACAUUAAUGCAAAGAAGCAGUGUUGACAUUUAGGGGAGUGUUAAUUUAUUUUCAUUGUGUCCCCUAGGUUAUACUGUAACUGUGGCCUGAAAUGCCUUGUAUGUUUAAAAAAACUUCCCAAGGCCCUUCUGAAUUUAUUUCCUCAACAUAUAAGGUCAUACUAUAGAUUGUCAUUAUUUGGGCAGUGAAAGAGUCAUUGAUGCAUUUGAAUUGAAUUUGCAUUUUGAAAGUCUUAUAUGCAAUGUAUUUAGGUUAAUUAAUCACAGAGUAUGUAAUUAAUUAGAUUAAAAUUGUAAUCGAUUGACAGCCCUAAUCAUUUUUUAAUAAUAAUAUUCUUAUUUUACUUGAAGAUAGACUGAGUGUAACCGCUAACGUUCGGGAGAUACUUUGUAUAUGUGUGGUUCUUCCACUCACCUCUUGGUUGGACUUUUCCCUCGUUUAAGCUCUCCUGUCUAGUUCAUAUAUGGUUUCCCAGCAUCCCUCAAAGACUUCCUUGCUCUGUCCCUUCAUUCGUUCCUGUUUGCUCUCCAGGUUUUGCCUGUUAAUGUCCGGCGUCUCCACUUGGUGUUAGUGGACAUAAACUGUUUUUCCCGCAUGAGACUACUUUAAAGUCUAAAAUACAGAGUAUUGGUCUCCCAAACAAACCUCAAACUGCUUCUGUAUACAAAGUGGCACACACACACACACACACACACACACAUAACCAACACAACAGCUCACUCAGGUGAUCUCAGCUACACACACACACACACACACACACACACACACACACACACACACACACACAUUCAUGGCGCAUGGUUAUCUAAUUUGUUCUGGACUCAUAAGGUUGUUGUUCACAUGGUCUCCUGUAACAGACACUUCUAUCCCAAGCCAUUUACAGCAGGAGAAUAACAUUCAGGCUCCAGUGCAGAGGAGACUUUAGCGAGGACUUACUACUGCAUCAGUCAGCACUGUUGCUAGAGGAUAAGAGUGUCCACUCCACGCUAUAAGCACUGGCCAAGUGUGAUGGGAGAAAAAAGAGGUAGAAGGAGGAGGGAAGUUUUUAGUGCCAUUUUGCACAAUGUAUGUUACUAAUAUGGCAGCCAAUGUUUGUCAUUGAGCAGCAGUGUUUGACAAAAUUGCCAAAACAAAUGAUCGUAAGCUGACAUGCAUAAAUAUCAUCACAUGGCUUUAGCAGUGACUAGGUGACUACUAGCUUAUGGCUUGAGAUGGCCACCUGUCACCUCUUGAUUGCAGGUAUGUCACAGUGCGUCAAAAUAAAAGUCAGCCUUUACACAAUGUACUGUAUCAGUAAGGGGUAGUGGCAUGGACUGCCUUGAGGUUUGAUGGGAGAUCAGUGUCUUAUUAGCAGAGGAGUUCAAAUACACAGGGCUGAGAGAGUUUUUUUUUUUUUAUCGCUGUUUGUCACCGGAUGUGUGAAUGUGAUCAUGUUUGUGUGAAUGUAGUCAUUUUUGUAUGAGUGUAAUCAUGUAUUUAUGUAUGUAGCCGUUUGUCGUUUGAUGUAUGAAGGAUCUGUAUCAUAGUUUGUAGGCCACACUAAUAAAAGAUAGUGGAAGCAGA